GGCAAGAUAAGAGCUGGAGAUUAAGGCUAACAGCUGGCACCGUCCGGCCUUGCCAUAUUAGGGGAAGUCUGUCCUGUGAAAGUGAGGGGGAGGCUGGCGGCGGCGGGUGGGGGAGGCACCACCGACACCACCACCACCACCAGAGCACCACACUCCCCGUUCCCUGCUGCCUCACUCGCCAGUUGCCCGCCGCCUUGUGCGCAUACGAGCGUCUCCGCCCGCCAAGGGAUCCCAGACCCUUUCUCUGGAUACAGUCAGUGGAACGAGUGGAACUUAUAAUACACAAUGGCGUACCACGGCCCUUCCUACGGUCUCAGCCGGGAGUGCCAGAUGAAGAGUCAGGCAAAAUUCGACCUCCACAGGGCAAGGGAGGCCGUCGACUGGGUGGAGGCUGUGACGGGCAUGCCUCUGGAAUGGCCGUCCUCCGAAGGGCUCAUCGACCAGCUCGCCUUCGGUCAUGCCCUUAAGGAUGGCAUUUCUCUGUGCACGCUCCUGAACCACCUGCAGCCCGGCACCAUCAAGAGGAUCAACACCAUGAAGGCGCCGUUCAAACAGAGGGAGAACGUGGAGAUGUUCCUGAAGGGAUGCGAGUCUUACGGCCUCAAGAGCCAGGACCUCUUCCAGGUGAACGACCUCUACGAGAACAGAAACCUCUACAUGGUUGUGGACUGCCUGUACGCCCUGGGAGGCCUCGCACAGAAGAGGCACUUUGACGGGCCCGUGAUCGGCGUGAAAGUGGCUCAGGAGAACAAGAGGAACUUCUCGGAGGAAAAGCUUAAGGAGUCCCACAAGAUCAUCGGCCUGCAGUACGGAAGCAACAAGGGCGCGUCGCAGGCUGGCAUGACGGCCUAUGGUACCGGGAGACAGAUUAUUCCGGGAGAGGCCCAAAAGGGAAUCUCAGCGGACGGACAGAAGAUCAUCGGCCUACAGUCUGGCAGCAACAAAGGCGCCUCCCAAGCCGGCAUGACCCCCUACGGAGCUCCUCGCCAAAUCAUCCCCGACGAUUAUGAAGGCCACGAAUAAGCAUAGUAGGGCGCCGAAGACCAGGAUUAAUAGAUCAUCUUGGCCUGUAGAGAGGAUGGUCGAUCGCGCCCCCGCCCCCCUCCCGCCUCCCCUUUGACCCCUGACACACCUCUUGCCUGAUAUUACCAUGAAGAGAAACACAAUCCAGUCCCUUCCAGCCCCAUUCCUUUUUUUCUCCCCCAUUCUUAUUCCCAUCAAGGUUUCCAAUUCCCUUUCGAUGUUCAGUUGCUUGUCUUACUUAAAAUUGCCUCCCGCAUGAUAAACACUUCAAGCAUGUCCUUCAGAAAUUGUUGUUCAAGGCAUGUGGAUAUUUUUUUUUUCUUAUAUAAUGCCUGGAAAAAGAUCUUUGUUUAAUUUAUGAGCUAUUAAACUGCGUAUUCGUUUGCCUGUCUGCUUUCUUUUUUUCUUUUUUCUUUUUUAUUUCUUCCUUUCUCUCUCUCUCUCUCUCUCUCUCUCUCUCUCUCUCUCUCUCUCUCUCUCUCUCUCUCUCUCUCUCUCUCUCUCUCUCUCUCUCUCUCUCUCUCUCUCUCUCUCUCUCUCUCUCUCUCUCUCUCUCUCUCUCUCUCUCUCUCUCUCUCUCUCUCUCUCUCUCUCCCCGCAGCAGGACUUUUCUGAUCAAAAUAAAAUAAAAAACCUAAACAAUGACUUACACUCCCUGACAAAGGCACUUUCAGUCAGCUCUUCUUUUACUGUCAGACUCUUUUUUGCAUUUUUACCGCAUUUUUUGUCCACAAUUUCAUGCUGGUCGGAGCUCAAAACUAACAUGUGGAUCCAGAAAACACACACCUAGGAACAUUUCGUUGUCAUCACCCGUAGCACCAUCACUGUAGUAGUACUUAAAGACCUGAGGAUGUCCCUAGAAACACUGGGAAACAAUCCUUCGACAUCUUCUUUUUUUUAUUAUGCUGUCACACACACGUUUUACAUAUUGUCCCAAGGGUUGGUAUUAUUUUGUUUUUUUUAAUUAUUGUCAUCGAUUUUGUCUCUGCCGGGUUCCCAAAAUAUCUAUAGGUUCUGAUUUCCCUUUACUGUUUCAUUUUUAUUUUGUUCGUACUACCAGAACUGACGAAGGACUGACAACUACCCUUACUUGCUUUUCACAAUAUUUAUAAGUUCUCAUCAUUUUCCUUUUUGUGUGUGUGUUACCAGAACCGACUAGGAACUAAGAACUGUCUCUAUUGAGUUCCCACGAUAUGUAUAGGUUCUGAUUCCUUUACAUUUUCUUUAUAUUUCAUUAGUAUCAUCAGAACUGACUAUGCCAACCCUUCAUGUUCCUAAGUCUACCCUUGUACGAGUUGAUUCAUUUGUAGCAGAACUUUCAAAGGAAUCAGACGUUAAUUUUUUACUUACUGUCAUUAAGUUUAUUUCCCUAAGAAGGUCAAGUGUAUGAUGCCAAUUAAGGAUCUUUUUUUUUUUCUAAGAUUGUAUGAUUUUAUUUGACUUCAUUACUGUACAAUAUUCCCCAUAUCACUAGCUUUAUGGUCCAAGGGGCGUCCAUCACACAUAGAUUUUUAAUAAGUAGUAAAACAAAAAAAGUUCAUCUAGGGCCUCUAUUUUAAGAUAUAUGCAUGUAUAUUUUUUUUGUAUGUGUGUCGAAGAAAAUUAUACUAACUAAUGUUAAGUGUUUUUACUGUGGUUCUCAAUAAAAUAUUUGGCUGGUAUGAGUUGCUGAUUUA